AUGUUGUUCUCGUCCGCUCUGCUCUCCCUCUUCGCUGCGUCGGCCUCCGCACGUUCUGUCGCGUCUCCACGAUGGAAUCUUCACGAGAAAAGAGACUUCGUUCCCGCCGAAUUCGUGCAGUCUGGUGUGGCGUCUGGGGACCAUGUCUUGAAUAUGCGUAUCAAUCUCGUCAUGGGCGAUCAGGCUGGUCUGGAGUCUGCUCUCGAGGCGGCCAGUAACCCGACGAGUCCGACGUUUAGGGAGUGGUUGUCCAAGGAUCAGGUUGAAUCCUUUGUGAAACCGACCCAAGAAUCUGUCGAUGCUGUCACGUCCUGGCUCGCCACAUUCGACAUCACGCCUAACGUCGCCACACCCGCCGGUGAUUGGCUCGCAUUCGACAUCCCGGUCUCUACGGCGAACAAAAUGCUGAACACACAGUACUCUACGUUCACGAGGGUGGGGACGGGUGAGACCCAGGUACUGACGUUGGAAUAUUCGUUGCCGGAGGAGGUGCAGGGACAUGUGAAGGUCGUGCAUCCUACGACUUCUUUCAACGGUCAAGUCCGACACAUGCCCAUCUCAGCAUUCAAACCCGUCUCCGCUCCCUCACCCGACUCGGACACUGUGACUUCGCCAUCCUCGGACGCCACACAGGCCACGGUCCCUGCUAGCUGCAACUCCACGAUCACUCCUGCUUGUCUCCAGGCGCUCUAUAAUAUUCCGACGACGCCUGCUAGCGCGGGAACACAAAGUACGUUGGGCGUUGCAGCGUUCGAUGAGCAGAAUGCGAACUUGGCGGACCUGAAGCAAUUCUUGACGACCUUCAGGCCGGAUAUGAACUCGUCGACUGCGUUUACGUUCACUUCUGUCGACAGUGCGACGAACGACCAGACGUUGAGGGAUGCGGGUGUUGAAGCUGACCUCGAUAUCCAAUACACCGUCGGCCUCGCCACAGGCAUCCCCGUCAACUUCGUCGACGUCGGCGAAAAGACUCAAGAUGGAGCGGACGAAGGGUUCCUCGAUAUCAUCAACGCGUUGUUGGCGAUGGACAAUCCGCCGUUGGUGUUCACGACUAGCUACGGGUUCGAUACAGAGGCGAGUUUGAGCGAGAGCUUGACUGUAGCGAUGUGCAACUCCUACAUGCAACUCACCGCGCGUGGUGUUUCUAUCCUCUUCGCGAGCGGCGACGGAGGCGUGGCGUCGACGCCGGGUGUACAAUGCAGCACCUCGUUCCCGCCUACGUUCCCUACUGUGAGUUUUCAACCGCGCAGUGCCACCCUCGUCGGUGCCACAGAGAACGUGAACCCAGAGAAAGGAGCCGCGCUCUCUGCCGGUGGAUUCUCGAACUAUUUCGCCAGGCCUUCGUGGCAGGACUCCGCGGUCGAAGGAUACCUCGACUUCCUCGGCGACACGAACGCGGGCAAAUUCAACGUCUCGGGUCGGGCGUACCCUGACGUCGCGGCGCAGGGUGAACGCGUUGAGAUUGUCGAUGCGGGGAGGACUGGGCUUGUUGCUGGGACGUCUUGCGCGUCCCCGAUCUUUUCCAGCGUCGUAGCGCUGAUCAACGACGACCUCCUCGCCGCUGGUCAGCCUGUCCUGGGCUUCUUGAACCCGUGGAUAUAUGCGCAUCCCGAGGCCUUCAAUGAUAUCACGACUGGAAACAACCCUGGCUGCGGUACGGACGGGUUCUUCGCGACUACUGGAUGGGACCCCGUGGUCGGAAUGGGAAGUCCGAAUUACCUCGCGAUGAGGACUGCUGCUGGAUUGUGA